UUUCAUUUUCAGGAAGAAGCAGCCCUUGCGUUUCAUCCACAGCUGCAGGCUCAGAUCCGCUAACGUUGAUCAAAUAUUUCGAAACAGCUGCUCGUCAGCCAAAUCACGUUUUCUAUGUAGUCGGAAAGCGCCCGGACUAACCAGCCGCCCAUCCCGGUGUGAGGCCAGAGAAUAUGGACUGGACAGUGAGCAAGCAGGCUCUGCUGGGCUGCAUUUUAGCGUUGCUUUGCUACACUGGAGUCCAACAUAAGGGGGUGUGCAGUGCCAGCACAGUGUCCCUUCCUGAAAGUCUGCUCUUUGUGUCUACCUUGGAUGGAAACCUGCACGCCGUCAGCAAGAAAUCUGGCUCUAUCAAAUGGACUCUGAAAGAAGAUCCAGUUCUUCAGGUCCCCACACACGUUGCAGAGCCAGCUUUCUUACCUGAUCCCAAUGAUGGCAGUCUGUACUCUCUGGGAGGAAAAAACAACGAAGGCCUCACAAAAUUACCAUUCACUAUCCCCGAGUUGGUCCAAGCCUCUCCCUGUCGCAGCUCUGAUGGAAUCCUUUACAUGGGUAAGAAGCAGGACCUGUGGUAUGUGGUGGACCUGCUGACUGGUGAGAAACAGCAGACUCUGACUUCCUCCUUUGCGGAGAUGCUCUGCCCUUCUUCAUCACUGCUCUAUCUGGGACGCACAGAGUAUACCAUCACCAUGUACGACACCAAGAGUAGAGAGCUGCGUUGGAACGCCACCUAUUCCGACUACGCCUCCACCCUUCCAGAUGAUGACACCAAAUACAGUGAGAUUAUUAUUCACGCCAGCCCCUCUUGGCUCAGUUUCCAGUGGCCGUCAGUGGUCUGCUUGUUGUCCUCCACAGAGAUGGCUCAUUUUGUGUCCAACGGGGACGGCCUUGUGGUGACUGUGGACAGUGAAAGUGGAGACAUCCAGUGGGUCCAGAACUACAACUCCCCUGUGGUGGCAAUGUAUAUCUGGCAGCGCGAGGGUCUUCGCAAAAUCCCCCACACCAACGUGGCCGUGGAGACCCUGCGUUACCUCACUUUCAUGUCUGGAGAGGUUGGCCGCAUCACGCAGUGGAAAUAUCCGUUUCCUAAAGAGAAGAAACCAAAGAACAAAUUCAUGGCCACUUUGUACGUUGGAAAAUACUCAACAAGUCUGUAUGCAUCUCCCUCUCUGGUGCAUGAUGGAGUAACUGUGGUGCCCCGUGGCAGCACCUUCCCCCUGCUGGAAGGCCCUGAUAGCCAGGAGACAGAGGAGGACAAAGAGUGUGUCAUCACACCCAGCACAAGUGUGAAAUUUAACGCUGCGCUCCGCGAGCGACACCGAGUCAACUACAUGAGAAACUACCUGCUCCUCAUAGGUCAUCAUGAAACACCCCCUGAAGCUCACACUAAGAUUCUUGAGAAGUUCCCCGACAACUUUCCCCGCAAUCAAGCCAAUGUCAUCCCACCUACGACUGACAAGAAAGUGGAGGAGAAGGUCAAUGAUAGUGGAAUGGAGGAUGGGCCCCCUUCAGCUGUGUCUGAGACCUCUAUCCAGGAGCCCGGCACCGGUGGUCGCACUGCACGUCCUGAGGCCCCUGUGGACUCGAUGCUAAAAGACAUGGCCACCAUUAUCUUUUCCACUUUCCUCCUGGCUGGCUGGCUAGCCUUUGUGAUUAUCUACCCUAAAAGUGUGCACAAGCAGCAGCAGCUGCAGCACAAAGAGUUCCAGAGACAAAUGGAGGAGAGGCUGGAGCUGCUCCAGAGACAGCAGCCCUUCUGCCCGGCAGACGUCGGCCUGGGUUUGGCUGCAGACGGCGACUACCUGGAGGUGGCCCGCACUCGCUCCGAUUGCUCAGACCAGAGCAGCCCUAACGUCACACCCCGCGCCUCCAACCACUCCAACCUAUCUGUGUCGGAACUGGGCAGCAUAGCCAACGAGCACGAAGAUGGAGAGGAGGACUCCAGUAUCAUCAAAGUGGGAAACAUAGCUUUCUAUCCUAAGCAGGUCUUGGGACAUGGGGCUGAAGGGACGAUAGUGUACAAAGGUGUUUUUGACAACCGUCAAGUGGCUGUGAAGAGAAUCCUCCCAGAGUGCUUCAGCUUUGCAGACCGAGAGGUCCAGCUGCUGAGGGAAUCUGAUGAGCACCCAAAUGUCAUCCGCUACUUCUGCACUGAGAGGGACCGGCAGUUCCAGUACAUCUCCAUCGAGCUGUGUGCGGCCACACUUCAGGAGGUCAUUAUCAGCUAUGUGGAGAGAAAUGAUUUCAAUCGUCAUGGACUUGAGCCCGUUAUGCUCCUUCAGCAGACCAUGUCAGGGCUGGCACACCUGCACUCUCUUAACAUAGUCCACAGAGACCUAAAACCCCACAACAUUCUGGUCUCCAUGCCCAAUGCGCACGGCCGGGUCCGGGCUAUGAUUUCUGACUUUGGUUUGUGUAAGAAGCUCGCGGUGGGGCGCCACAGUUUCAGCAGGAGGUCGGGGGUCCCGGGCACCGAGGGCUGGAUAGCCCCCGAGGUUCUCAGUGAAGACUGCAAACACAACCCGACUUGCGCCGUUGAUAUCUUCUCUGCCGGUUGUGUUUUCUACUACGUGGUGUCCCAAGGAAGCCACCCCUUUGGCAAGUCUCUGCAGAGGCAAGCAAACAUCCUACUGGGCACAUACAGCCUUGACCAUCUGCAAAGUGACCAGCAUGGGGACAUUGUUGCCAGAGAUCUGAUAGAGCAGAUGCUGAGCAUGGAUCCCCACAGAAGGCCUUCAGCUGAAAGUGUUCUCAAACACCCUUUCUUCUGGAGUCUGGAGAAGGAGCUGCAGUUCUUUCAAGAUGUGAGUGACAGAAUAGAAAAGGAACCGCUCGACGGACCAAUUGUGAGACAGCUAGAGAGAGGGGGAAGGGCUGUUGUCAAGGGUGAUUGGAGAGAGCACAUCACCGUACCACUGCAGACAGAUCUGCGGAAAUUCCGCUCCUACAAAGGUGGCUCCGCCAGAGACCUGCUGCGUGCAAUGAGAAACAAGGCAAGAAAACACCAUUACAGAGAGUUACCUGCUGAGGUGCAGGAGACUCUUGGCUCCAUCCCGGAUGACUUUGUUUCCUACUUCACGUCCCGUUUCCCUCACCUGCUGAUGCACACCUACCUGGCCAUGCGGACCUGUGCAGCUGAGAGGCCUUUCCUGCCUUAUUACUCGGCUGCAGCACAGCUCUCUAAAACCCAGUCCCAGUGUGCACACAAUGGACCACAAAGACUAAAUGAGCCAUGCACUCAGCCCCUGCCAAUGCACUCUUCACUACCGUCCUCACAGCCCGAGGAACCCUCGCACACAACGCCGUCCCUGCAGGUCAGCCAGACAGCAGCCGCUGAACCGGAGCCGUCAUGGCCAGAUGAGCCGGCACCUUCACAGACAGAGCAGCCCUCAGAACCGCCGCCGCCCACAUUGACUGACUUGAGCCUCCCGAAUGGCUUGAGCCUCACCGCUCCGGGAGACGGUCCCACGACGAACAAUGAAAGGUGCGAACUGAACCUCACUCGGGUGGAGCCAGCACAGAUGGGAGCUUUGCCUUAAACAGUGGGAAAUUAAGUUGGUGUCAUUUGCAGUGCCCUGAGCUGCUGAGGAACCAGGCCUGCAGCGCCUGGGCUCCACAGCCCGGUGCACUGAGCGAAGUGCCUUCUGACCACCCAAAUCAUGUGAUCUACAACACAAUUAUGUCCACAAGCGGCAUUUUGCCAGAAAGCUGUCACAGGGAUGUUUCUAUUUUUUUUUUGUACUGAGCAGAUAAAAUGCUUUUAAUUCUAUUACAAUCCGUUCAAAGGAAGUGUUGGUGCAACAAAAAAUCUGGUCUCUGCUGUGGGAAAAGUUUCCAGGUGUGGUGGAACUCUUUUGCUGUUUUAUUGUGCAAUGAUGUGUAUUCCUCAGCGAGUCUGUUUGCUGCACACACACUGUAUGUAUAGUUUUGUAUAGACUGGUUCCAAAUUUAAAACAUAAAUCACUUAAUGUGGCCAGUGUGCCUUCUUUUUUUUUUAUUUAAAGAAAAUAUCACUGUGCUGCUUGGUUAAAAAUCUCUGAAAUAGGCAAUGCUUGAUGUGUUUGAUUCCAGUAAAUGCUGCUAGACUACUUUCUUCUCUUUUGUAAAUCAAAACUGUUGUGCUGACUCAGUGAGAGAGGACUGCUCCAAAGGGUGUUCAGGGUGGCAUCUGAAUGCAGUAAGUAAUUUAAUCUUUUAUGUUUAUGUCGUCCAAUAUGAGUUUCAGGUGAAAGAGUGCUCAUGUAAACUUUUUAAAGGGUGUCAAAGUGAAGUUAAUGACUUGCACAUUAAAUUCUAUUUUUUUUCUACUCAUAA